UUCCAGUGUUGUUAUUUUGUAUUUCUUGAAGGUUUGCUGUUACGCGUAGGAUGGAACCUUCCUGAUAAGGGCAUUUUGGAAGAAAACGACGAGGCCGCUAACAUGCUCACUUUCUCCACUUCUUUUAUUCCACCUUUGCGUUCUUCGUCAUUGGUCGUGUGUCGUCUCCAGUCUCCAUGCAGGCUUGCACACACGACUUGCAAAAUGGGCGAAUGGGAUCUUCUGGGCCGUCUGCUGGACAAAGUGCAGACGCACUCCACGCUCAUUGGAAAAGUCUGGCUCACGGUUCUCUUCGUCUUCCGCAUCCUGGUUUUGAGCACCGGCGCCGACAGGGUAUGGGGUGACGAGCAGUCGGACUUUGUGUGCAACACCCGGCAGCCGGGCUGCGAGAACGUCUGCUACGACGUCGCCUUCCCCAUCUCGCACGUCCGCUUUUGGGCCCUGCAGAUCAUCGCCGUGGCGACACCCAAGCUGCUCUACCUGGGAUACGUGCUACAUGUCAUACACGUCGAGAAAAAGUUGAAGGAACGCAUGCGCAAGCAGGCCGAGCUGGGCGACCAGGCCUUGUUGUUCCUCCAGCGCAGCUUCAAGAUGCCAAAGUAUAUCAAGAGCAGUGGAAAGGUAAAUAUUCGCGGACGCCUCCUGCGCGCCUACGUCCUCCACCUUGUGGCCAAGAUCGCCGUGGAGGUGCUAUUCAUAGUUGGUCAGUACUUCCUCUACGGCUUGACCCUGAACGCCGUCUACGUGUGCCCGCACUGGCCGUGUCCACACCAGGUGGACUGCUUCCUGUCUCGUCCCACCGAGAAGUCGCUCAUUAUCUGGUUCAUGUUGGGGGCGGCGGUCCUUUCGCUAGUCUUGUGCGUCGCCGAGCUGCUCUACCUGUGCGGCAAGGCGUUUAAAGAGUGUGUGGCUAGGCGGCGCGACUACACCGUCACGCCCGUUACGCCUGUUACGCCAGCGCCACCCGCCGGGCAGAGGAGGACAUACGUGCUGAAUGACGACAAUGUGAUGCAGAACGGCUUUAACGCCGAGCUGGAGAUAAAGGGACGCAAGUUCGGUGUUAGCGGAGCAAAUCAGCUGGCGGGAAAUAUGUUGCCGGGCAACGCUGGGGAAGUGCAUAUCUAGAAAAAAAGUAACAUUUUUUUUGUUGUUGUUGUUGUUUUCUAAUUUUAAACACAAUUAUCGUUAACAAACCUUUCAUUUGAAUGAGAAUUACUAUUUUUAAUUCAAAUGUUCUAUUUCACCCAUGCUUUCAUUUAUAAUACUAUUUAGUUCUUAACUUCCUUGUUCACUCACUGGCUGCCAUCGACGGCGGUGGAUGUCCAAUCCAUGUUGACUUAAUUUUAAGUACUUACAGGUCACUUCCUAUUGAUUAAAGGUCACUUCCUGCUAGGGCUGUCAAAAUUAUCGCGUUAACGGGCGGUAAUUAAUUUUUUAAAAUUAUUCAUUCAUUCAUUCAUUCAUUUUCCAUGCCGCUUUUCCUCACGAGGGUCGCGGAAGUGCUGGAGCCUAUCCCAGCUAACUACGGGCAGUAAUCACGUUAAAAUAUUUGACGCAUUUAACGCUCAUGCCCCGCUCAAACAGAUUAAAAUGACAGCACAGAGUAAUGUCCACUUGUUACUUGUGUUUUUUGGUGUUUUUUCGCCCUCUGCUGGCGCUUGGGUGCGACUGAUUUUAUGGGUUUCAGCACCAUGAGCAUUCUGUAAUUAUUGAAAUCAACAAUGGCGAGCUACUAGUUUGUUUUUUGAUUGAAAGUUUUACAAAUUUUAUUAUAAUGAAAACAUAACGAGGGGUUUUAGUAUAAAAUUUCUAUAACUUGUACUAUCUUUUAUGAACUAGAUGUCUUUCUAUCCAUGGAUCGCUUUAACAGAAUGUUAAUGUUAAUGCCAUCUUGUUGAUUUAUUGUUAUAAUAAACAAAUACAGUACUUAUGUACAGUUUGUUGAAUGUAUAUAUCCGUCUUGUGUCUUAUCUUUCCAUUCCAACAAUAAUCUACAGAAGAAAUAUGGCAUAUUUUAUAGAUGGCUUGAAUUGUGAUUAAUUACGAUUAAUUCAUUUUUAAGCUGUGAUUAACUCGAUUAAAAAUUUUAAUCGUUUGACAGCCCUACUUCCUGCACAUUAAGGGGCAUUUGGGGUCAUAUUUUCUAUACAGGUAGUUACGAAAAAGUUCCGUUCCUACAUUGGCAACUUAACCCAAAUUUCUGCGGGAGUCGGAAUUAACCCUUUAAGUACCCCUAGAUACCCCUGAAAUCUCAAAAUAACUAUCCAAAACAUGUAUUAUACGUCAUUGUACUGUCCUCACUAAGACGGAGUUAAGUCCUAGCAAGACAGCGAGCUAAGCUAUAAUCUUUCCCCUCUCUCGCUCACUUGGCUGCGCGACUAUGUCAUGGGAGCAGAUGCGCUCUUUCUCAUGGGUGCAUGUGGGCUGUUCUUCGUGUGCGCAAAUACGUUGUUCUUCGUGUGUUCAUGCGCUCUUACUCGUGUGCGGAAGUACGACCUGCUCUACGCUUCCUGUGCCAAAAUAAAAGCAUGCGUCACAAAACGAAAGUAAACAUUAUAAUCAAAUACAGAUUUCACCAAAGGGCAGAAUAGUUGUAUUAAUAAAAUAAAAGUAUAAUGAUCAUGAUAUUAUGAUAAUUAUGAUAUAUAUGAUAAUGGAGACAAAAUUGUGGACGAGACUCAGGCGUCGUGAUGUCAAAAUCACGUAAGUCGGUUAUGUCGUAACCCAGGGACAACCUGUAUUUUGGAGCAUGAUUUUUCGGCAUUUAUAGGUCACAUCCUGCAUAUGUUGGGGCUGUUUUGGUCAUUUUUUUCCUGAUCUUUCAAACGAGCUUGUAAUCGUCCACCGACGCAUCGCCCAAGCCAGCUUUUUGUCCACAACCCAAGAAGAGAACCUGAUCCUGAACUGAUUUAUAAGCAUUCUUGAGGUGGUUUAUUACUUUGUGUUUUUGCUCACGUUUUUU